AUGAACCCUUUGUUGAUUGACAAAGUUAUCCUUGGCCUAAUGCAGAAUGAGAACGUCAAGAAGUGCAUUGAAACAAAAAUCCCUACCGACGAAAAAUUUGAAAAGAAAUUGAAAUAUGUUGCCCGAGCAUACGCGCCGAAUGUCAAUGAAGCAUGUACUGGAGUGCAUGCAUCCAGAAUGCCUAUGAGGUCCUACAUCGCGUAUCAUUCACACGUGAAAAGAUUGAAGAGGGUUGCAGUUUCUGCGAAGCUAAUCUGUAAGACGAGGGUCAUGAAGAAAAUCUGGCUGAAGAAAAACUUGAAGAUGUUUUCCACUCGAGACCAUGGCCAUGGACUCAGUCUCAAAACUAGUCUCACCAUGAAACUCAAGCAACUUGGCCUAGACCGUGAGAACAUCAUUGCUAUGACUUUGAACUCAGAUGCUGCGCUGCUUAUCCGGAAUCUCGGUGGAGACACCAAGCAUACAGAAAUUAGUUUCACGGUGUUUGUUCCAAAGAAACACUACAGCAACUCUGAAAUUCAAUUUCUGGGAGCCCUAUCAGCCUGA